AUGUUGGAUGAUAGAAAGAAAGCUUCUGCGGAACACAAGCUCGUUGUUCAGGAUUUGAACAGUGCGAAAGAACAGCAAGUUUUUUUGGAAGAGGAGGGGACUUUGGAUGAUGAUGUUACGGAAAGGGGGUUGAAUAAACUCAAGCCCAUAACCAAACUCUUGGCUUUCAUCAAUUAUACGCCCGUAUAUUUAGAAGACAUCAAACAUCAGUCUCCUGAGGCAUCCACAGUUAAACAGUCAGUAUGCUCGUUAAUCUGCAAUACUUUGAAGAAGUUCUUACCUCCGAAAAAACAUUAUCACAAUCUAGAUCAAGAAAAACAUGAAGAACCACCAUCAAAUACCAACAAGCAAGAAAAGAAAGGGUAUAAUAGGGAUGAGCUGAUAGGGUCUCAAUACAAAGCGCGCCAAAACAAAGAUGCCACAUUUAACGCAGUAUUUGAUAUGGAAGAGAUUCAGAAAGCAUGUGAAUCGUAUGGUCUAUCUUUUGCACAUCGGAUGACAUGUCUACCAGGAAUAAAAACAGUACGAUUAUUGGGAUCGAAAAUAAAAACCCGUGGCACCGUAAAAGAGGGGACAAAACAGUUAUAUGAAGCACGGAUUUUAAGAAACCCAGGCAUUAUACAAGAAGGACGAAAAACAAAGGAUGUUCUUUUUCCUGAGCUUCAAAGCUUAACAGAAGAAGUCAAGACACUUGAAUCUGUCCGUAAAAGAGAGCUAGAGUUGUUAAAAGACAGCAACUACCAAAAUAAAAUCAAGGAAUGUAAAUCAAAUGGGGGGGGGGGCAACAGAUGA